GUCUAUGGUGUAGGAUUUAUUAAGGUGUAUGUGCACUGUUUUGCGGGCACUCGCGGACGUGUGCAGAUAUUUAUGUCCUUAUAACGUGGUUUAAUCAUUGCUACAAGUUGAAAUAUGAUUCCAUAUAAUUUGCAUUCGCGUAAUCGUUUUUGUUCACCUUCAAUCAUUUUGUUCGUCAUCCGUCAACGUGCGUGACGUGCGUCAGCGACACUGAUGCGAGAACGAGUGUUCUCGCAGAUCAUCUACUGCGAACGAUAAUGUCAGGCAGCAGUGAUUCCGAGGAGUUCUUCGAUGCGGAAGAUGACUCGUUUCAUCGUACAUCGCGAAAAAUUAAACAACGUGAGUGUACCAAUGUCGAAGUGAAGUGUACCAAUGUUGAAGCUGAUAAAGCAUUAGAAGUUUGUAAACAAAUUGAUGACAAUGUUUUUACGAAGCCUGCUAUCCCUAAAUCAACUAUUGAUCUAAAGAGUUAUAUAUCUGUAGAUUGUGAGGAAAAUAAAGAUAAACUUGUCGAAGGUGGUGUGGAAUCAACUACAGAUAAAAUUGUAGGGAGGAAGCGAUUUCGCGAACUUCGACAACGUAUGCAAACAGAGGACGAUGAUAUUCCGAUUAAUAAUUCUCCCCCAGAUAGUCAGACAUCUUCCAUUGAGGGUGUUUAUCCCGCUCCUUCGAAAACAACUCAUCCAUUUAGAAUCAUAGAACAUGAUACUCUCAGUUUACAAAGUAUGACUUCUUUAGGACGAGUUGGACGAAUUUUGGCAGGAGCCACAGAUAAUACUUCCGGUGUGCUUAUACCUGGUUUAUCCCAAUGUCCUCCUCCCAAUGCCCUUACCCGUGAAGGUCAAAUGUCCUCCAUUGCUAGUAUUCCAAGCAAAGAUGAGGACACAACCUCUGGUAAAGUGUCCCAAUCUUCGAGCGUUCUUACAUUAUCAGGGGAUGUCCUACAGGAAUCUUCUAUUAACGGCCGAUCCAAUUAUCCUUCUCAUUCGCAAAGCGACAAGACUGUUAUACUUCAAGAACCUGACGUUAUCGCGAGUACAAAAAAUAAUGGGAAAUUAACAGAAGAUGUUGCCAUUUCUGGUGUGCCCGUUGCUCCUCCGCGUCGUAAAAAAAAAUCAAAACCUCAUACACCUACUGACCUCACUCCUUCUGCGGAAACACUUGUACCCGCAUCGCCGCUUCCAAGUCCAGCGAGCACUAUAGAAUCGAUUACUAGAGAAUUCGAGCACUCUCUUGAUAUCCGAUCCGCCACGAAAGGGCAAUAUGUUGUUAAACCGCAGGAUGAGGAUAAAUUGAAAGCAGAAGGGCCAUCUUCCGAGGAAUUGGAAAGGGUGGAAAGAAUGAAAGCAGAUCUGUUUAGUCGAACGAUCGAAAAGUCCAGUAGUCCAUUAGGAUCAGCAUCGAGCAACAGUAUUGGCCGUUAUUCCUUGGGUCCGCAUAAGUUAUCAAGCAUGAGUCCACAAAGUUCCAGAGAAAGGCGUAAAUCUGCUGGUGACCAAGAUAUGAUCAAACAGUUAAAUAUGUUUGUGAGGACUAGGACAGAUUCUGGCAAGCGUCUUACCGAUAUGGAAAUUUUGGAGCAAGUGCCUGUAACAAAUUUAGAUACAGGAGAACAGGUGCCAUUAAGUAUAGCAGAAGAUAAAUUACCACAGUGUAUUAAUCCCUUGUCAUUACAUAUUAUGAGACUCACUAAAUCUAAAUACAUUAGCAAUUCUAGUCUUGAGAAAGAAAAAGAAAGUGAUGAGGAAAGCGUAGAUAGUAAAAUGUCUAGUAUACCUCCAGACGAAGAUGUGUCUGUAGAUAAAGUUCGUAAACGAACACAAAAGUUGAAACGAUUUUUAGGAUCUACUGUCAAAAAGACUAUGAAUAAAGCCAAAUCCAUUGCGCACGAUGUAUCGCAUGCGAGACACAAAGAAGAUGUUAUGGAUAUAGUGGACGAAGUUUAUCCUGGUGAGCAACAAUAUAUAAAGUUGAAGGCGUCAAAUAGUCACAAAGGUCCGUAUGAAUUCAGUUGUCUGCAGCAUGUUCAAGAUCUUAGCGGAGAACAUAUAGGACCUGUUUGGUGUAUGAAAUUCUCCACUUGCGGCCGACUGUUGGCCACUGCGGGACAAGAUCGAGUUUUGAGAAUUUGGAUUUUACGAGAUGCUUUUACAUAUUUUCAGGAUAUGCGUACAAAAUAUAAUGCGGAAAAGGUCAGUCCUACUCCUUCGCAGGAAUCGUUAGUUUCACAGCAAUCUAUGGAAGAUCCUAACAUUGUGGCUAGUGCCUUCAGUGAAAUUGAAGGAACAAAAAGUCCAUUCAUGCCAAAGCCGUUUUGUACAUACACUGGUCAUAUCUCUGAUUUGCUUGAUGUUUCAUGGUCUAAGAACUAUUUUGUUUUAUCUUCAUCGAUGGAUAAAACUGUGCGACUUUGGCAUAUAUCUCGCAAGGAAUGUUUAUGCUGCUUUCAACAUAUUGAUUUUGUCACUGCUAUAGUAUUUCAUCCACGGGACGAUCGAUACUUUCUUUCAGGAUCGCUUGAUGGCAAAUUGCGCUUAUGGAAUAUUCCAGAUAAAAAAGUUGCCGUAUGGAAUGAAGUAGACGGGCAAACGAAAUUAAUUACCGCGGCGAAUUUUUGUCAAAACGGAAAAUUUGCUGUUGUAGGAUCGUAUGAUGGUAGAUGUAUAUUUUACAAUACAGAUCAAUUGAAAUACCACACGCAAAUACAUGUACGAUCGACAAGAGGUAAAAAUUCCACCGGUCGCAAAAUUAGUGGAAUCGAACCUAUGCCGGGAGAAGACAAAAUUUUAGUUACAUCGAACGAUAGUCGUAUUCGUUUAUACGAUUUGAGAGACUUAAACUUAUCGUGUAAAUACAAGGGAUACGUUAACAUUAGUAGUCAAAUUAAAGCAAGUUUUAGUCCAGACGGACAAUAUAUAGUCAGCGGUUCUGAAAAUCAAUGCAUUUAUAUUUGGAAAACCCAUCAUGAUUAUUCCAAAUUUUCUAGUGUCCGUAGGGAUCGAAAUGAUUUCUGGGAAGGUAUAAAGGCUCACAAUGCUGUAGUAACUUGUGCCGUAUUUGCGCCGAAUCCAGAUAGUAUUAUUAAACAAAUUGAGGCGAGAGAACAAUGGGAGAGCAAAGAGGAGGCAAAAAGCGUAGAUAGUUCUAACAUAGGUGUUGUUCCCGUUGAUCCUGUCGUCGAACAACGCACUAAAGGCUGUGGAGGCCAUGUCCUUGUGAGUGCCGAUUUCAAUGGAUGUAUUAAGGUUUUUUUAAACAAAACAAAACCUAAACAUAGCUCUCUACCGGCAUCUGCACUCGCAUAAUGUAAUAAUAUUGAAUAUUUGCGUGAUAUUAAAUACAAAUAACACGUAUAUGCUUAUAUCCACGCGUAUAAAUAAUCUUUUUGUCUCUUGUGUGUAUGCCAACUUUACUAUGCGCUCGUUUGAAUUAAGAAAUACAAAAUUGUAUACAAUAAUUUCUUUAAU